UCAAUAGCGGACCAGGACAACAUUUAACUUGGAAGUAAGAUUUCUUAGGAUAAAUAGAAAUAUGCAACACCAUACAUUCUUUGAUAAACUGAAACUUUGACUACUCCGUAGCAACAAUUGUAGUGUUGUCUUAGUGUAGCUAUUGCUACCAAAUAUCUUGAACCAGAUUUGGGUUCUUUUUAUGUUUCUAACUUGUAAGCUACCCAGCUUCUGUAUUACACUGAAAGCAUUAGUUUUCCCUUGCUAUGCCAUCAACUGUCUGUUGCAGUUUUCACUAUUACUGUUUGCUAUUAGAUGCUACUAACAGGUUUCCAGCUGGGGUUAUCUUCGCUCUGUCCCUGCUGUUCUUGUGGAUGCUUCUUGUUUAUACUUCCGUGGAUGGGGAAUCCUGUCAGUUAUACUUCUAUUUGGUUUGAACUUCAGUGUAAUGUAAGGUUCCCAGUUGGGGAUAUCUUCUCUCUGGCCCUGCCGUUCUUCGGGAUAUGUUCUCUCUGACACUGUUGUUCUUCUGGUUGCUUGUCGAGAAUUUUGUCGGUGUGGAAUCCCAUUGGUUACGCUGCUAAAUAUUUUUCCCUGAGAUGGAACAUAAAGAGUGGCGUGAAGCAUUCUGUCAUACUAACAACCAAGUUUACAGGUGAAUCGCUUCAUCUGUCAUCCACAUGUCGAUAUAGUGAAAACAUGUCACCCUUGAAAGGUACAUGUUGUGUGUGGUAAGGCUCAAAGUGGAAAUUAUUGUCCUAGCUGAUGUCGAACUUGAAAGUGCAAUCUUGGUCACUAGCGUACUCAGGGAGGAAUAGAAGUAGUUGAGCUGAACAAUGUGAGAAUUGCAAUUUGUUCCUUGCACGGCGUACUCUACAUUUUGAACUCCCUCUGUUCACUUCGGCUUUGAUUUGUUUCAUACCAUUUUAACUUUCUGUCUCACAGUUUUCAAAGCUAUUAAGUAGUCCUGUUUCUUUUCAAGAAUCCUUCAGUCUUCAUGGGUGUUUCUGUGUAUGUCAACACUCUGAAUGCUAUAAGGUGUUAAGAAUGAGCUGUCUGUUUGAAUUCGAAGCUGCAUCAUUGAGAUUUGUUUUUCAAAGUUCUAUUGUGCCAUUACCACAACAACCUAAUUAAGAGCUAGAGAUCACAAACAUUGAUUGAUUCAAGCAAAACUGCACUUUCUUUGCAGGUGGGGCAUUGAAUGUACGCGAUUGAUGCUUUUCUUGAUGUAGUCCGGGGGUUUGGGAGAAUGAUAGUUCCUCUUUGCCUACUCAUUAUAAGAUCGUGGUAGUUUGAUAUUUCUUAUUAAGAACCUUUUUUUCUUGGAAGUUUAAGGAUGUGACAGUAUAAUCAUUCCGUACUAAAUGACACUGAAGAUACCUAGGGAUAGUAUACCUAAAGAGCACUUUGGUUCUUCCUUCUAUUUUACCGAAACAUUUUUGUUUCUUUUGACCGACCCUCUUUGCAAUACCAACUCUGCUGAUUGCAUUUUUUAAUCUUCACGCUGCAAGGCGCCAACAGGUGAGUUCCUCUGCCGUGUAUGGUUGUACAAUAUACGUAGUGGCUUGUCUUGAUUAGAAGCGUACAGUAUCCUAAUACAAAUAUAAAGAACCUUCCACUGCAUAAUAUAUUGUUGUACUGUCACAGUUCACCUUUCAUCGAGUCCAUUUUACUGGCCCUGCCUUAGACCUUUGAGUCGCGUAGCAGUGCAAGUAACCUCUCUGCUAUGCAUAUCUGUAUUUGUUGUACUGUUACAUAUCACCUUCCGUUACGACCAUUUUACUGGUCCUGCUCUUGAACCUUUGAGUUGCAGAGCAGUGCAAGUAACCUCUCUUCUAUGCCGGUUUGUUGUAGUUGACAAGAAUGGGAAGUGCUUGGAAUCCAAUACAAAAGUGGGCCACUUGCAACUGGAGAUCUCCGUCCCAGCUUACAUUAUAACCCAGUCAUCCAAUGGACUGUCAUUGCAAAUGAUUUCCCAUCUGAUGAGUAUUUGAUCUCGUCACCUCUGUGACUGAUGGGGUUCACCAUCCAUUCUUCACCUAACUUUGUUCGGGUAGGAUUAAUAUAUUCUAGUAUUCUACCUUGUGAGUGAUCUCUGUAAGCCGUUGUUACUCUUCCUCUGUCUCUUGCCAGGAUUAGUAUAUACUAUAUAAAGAAGAGGAGGCUUUUGUACUCUCGUCAAGACAAAGCCUUGCGAGAAAAGUCUCGUUGAAGAGAGGAGAGGGAGCUCCAACCAGAGGGGGACGAAGAGCCAGAAUGAAGCACGGGGAAGAAGAUGACACAGCGAGCACAGGUGGAUCAGACGCCACCAUGGGCGGCGGCACAGCAGUCAAGCACCAAGCUUUGAGGCUCGCCGAGGACCUCUCCCUACCUUCAGUGCAGGUGGUGGUGAUGAGCGCCAACAUGGGUUGUUCGCACUGCCGACAGCGGGUCACCAAGGUGGUAACCAAGAUGAACGGGUUGCUGGAUUACAUGGUGGAUUUCGGGAAGAAGGAGGUGACGGUGAGGGGAACGGUGCUGCACACCAAGAAAAAGAGGAAGAAGAACAAGAUCAGUGGAGUUGGCAGCAGCUGGGAGAAGAUGCCGCCGGCGUCUCCUAAUAUAAGCGCCAGGACACUGUCCUGGUUUUUGGGAUGCUACGGUUCAUAGCUAGAGUACAUACCGUUCCUAGUUGCUUAAUUAUUUGUUAAUUCUUCCUUUUCUUCUUUCUUUGUAUUUUUAUAUAGUUUUUUUGCUGGGAAAUAAUGUAUGCUGGUAGUAGCGAUGUGUAUAUCAUUUUCCAGGCAUGUACGCAUGUCCUAUAUAAUCCCAAUAUUUGCAAGGAAACACUGUUAUCUUCGGGCUUA